AUAGCUUAAAUAUUUUUUGCAAUUCAUGAAUUUUUUCGGACGUUGCCGUUGAUUUUUCGAAGGUUACGAGAGUGAAAUAUGACCUUCCUCACCUUUGCGAUAAGUCCCGACAAAUUUUAACUAGUAAUUUUCUGUUAAGUAAUCAGUGAGAAUAUAGUUUAAAUUUGUGUUGUUAAAAAUGGGCGAUAAGGAGGUGAAAAGCAUCCCAAAUUAUGUAAAAUUUAUAUUCGGAGGCAGUGCUGGAAUGCUUGCGACAUGUUUUGUUCAGCCUUUGGAUUUGGUCAAAAAUCGGAUGCAGUUAAGCGGUCAGGGUGGGAAAGCCAAAGAACACAAGACUUCAUUCCAUUUGGUCAAGUCAAUUAUAAAAAAUGAAGGUGUUUUCACCCUUUACACAGGUCUCUCAGCUGGCUUGAUGCGUCAAGCCACUUACACCACCACACGAUUAGGAAUUUACACUUGGCUAUUCGAAACAUUCUCCAAAGAUGGUGUGCCACCCAACUUUGCCAUGAAAGCCGCUCUGGGUAUGGCUUCAGGGAUGUGUGGCGCCUUUGUCGGAACUCCGGCGGAAGUGGCUCUCAUCCGCAUGACAGCGGACGGCCGUUUGCCUCUCAAUGAGAGGCGUAACUAUAAAAAUGUGUUCGACGCGCUGUUUCGAAUUUACCGAGAAGAGGGCCUCUUCACCCUAUGGAGGGGAGCGAUACCCACAAUGGGCCGUGCGAUGGUCGUAAACGCGGCCCAAUUGGCCAGUUACUCCCAGGCCAAGCAAUAUUUGGUUAAAACAGGUUACUUUACGGAAGGCAUUUUCCUCCAUUUCAUGGCAUCGAUGAUAUCUGGCCUCGUAACGACAACCGCCAGCAUGCCUGUCGACAUCGCGAAAACGAGGAUCCAAAAUAUGAAAACGAUUGACGGAAAGCCCGAGUUCAAAGGACCGCUGGACGUUCUGGGGAAAAUUUUGAAAAACGAAGGUGUUUUCGCUUUGUGGAAAGGCUUCUUCCCAUACUACUUCCGUUUGGGACCGCACACGGUUUUGACGUUCAUAUUCUUGGAACAAAUGAACGGCGCGUAUAACAAACACAUACUUAAGCAGGAAAGUCGUGCCACCUUGUAGAUUCGGUUUGGCGAAGAUAGGGAAAAUAUUAAGACCUCGCACCGCGAGGCGGAUUAUAUGUAUUGUAAGUUUCAACGAAAUUGUAGCGAAAGAAGUUGCCGAAAGUCGACGCGCGCGUCGUUGGUGUGCCGUUUAGCCUUGCGUAUUUACUAUAAACGCCAUAUCUAUUUUUAUCUAGUCAAAUUUAUACUUGGUUCGUAUGGGGCAGGAGGAAAACAAAGGCCUAUUAUUUCGCGCGACUUUUAUAUUCAUCAACUCAAUUCUAUAUACAACUUUCUAUAGUAAAUUGUGAAGUAUUUUUUUAAUUUACCCUCGUAUAAUUUUGUACAACUAUUUACGGCGAACGGAGUUAAUAGGUAAACUCAUAAAUGUUAGUAACUUUAUUAUACACUCAGUUUUUACGAGUUAGCGGGUACUAUCAUUGCAUUACAUUAGCAACUAUUUCGAUGGACUUUGAAUAUUAUUAAUGAAUAUAUUCUUGUUACCACAUGGUGUUUUUGUUGAAAAUAAUCAAAAAGUUUAAAAAUCAAAUACAUACAAAUAUAAUCAAAAACCUAUGGCUCAAGAUGUGGACAGAUUAAUAAAACAAACCUGAUACCAAAAACCGCAAAACAUUCCUCCUCACUAAUUUUUUUUAGGGCAUCUAAUUGAAAAAUAUCUCCUUUUUAGUAAAUAAAGUUUCUGACAUGUAAGCAUUUGUUUAUUUCUUUAAAAAUUUGAAAUAUCAAUUGGUUAUCAAGGAUCAUACAGUCAGAAUAAGAUGGUGCAACAAGAUAGCUUUGUUUUCAGAUGUUGUUUUAGUUGUACAUUGCGUUUUGUAUUCUUUUAAAACAAAAUUACAGACAAAACAAGAUCACUAACAAAGUCUUUUUAAAAAGAGAAAAUUAAGGCCCAGUAUGUCAGAAUUUUUUUAAUUCAAUUCAUUUCUUCAAUUUGAUAAUCAACACGCAAAGAGAAAAUUGUGAUGUCAAAAUAUUAGGAGUGAAGAAUAUAAUAAAGGAACUUUAACAGCAUAGGGUGUUGAAAUAUAAAAAAAUGGUUAUUUCUUAUUUAAAAAAAUCCUAGAUUUUGCUUUCAAACUCAGUAGUUAUUAUUGCCACUUAAAAAAAAUUAUAGCAUAGGUAAACUAGUUUGUUUAACCAGUGGCGUUCAUGAGACCGUUUUAAUUAAUUUAAACAAAAAAAAUUGUUAAUAAA